CUUUGGAGUGUUCGAAAGCUUCCCCAACUCCCCCACCCCCAACCCCUCUUCAAUAUAUAAUACACAUACUUCCUUAGUUUUACAGAUACAACGUCGAUCCCAGAAGCAAACAAAGCCCAGAAUCUUCUUCCAAACUUGCUUUAGUGUGCAGAAAACAAAAAUGCUUUCGAAUCCUCCCAAAUCGUCUCUCCUACUCCACAGAAUCAACACAACAACAACCUCCACUGCCGCCGCGCAGUUUCAGAAGAGCGACUUCCACAAGCGGUACUCCCCUCUAAAGUGCGCCAACCCCGUGCCCGACAGCGUGGCGCGCUACCACACCCAAGCUGCUGGGCCGAACCAGUGUUUCUCCGUCGUGGUGCAGGAGAUCGCCGCUCCAGUAUCCACCGUGUGGUCCGUGGUCCGCCGCUUCGACAAUCCGCAGGCCUACAAGCACUUCGUCAAGAGCUGCAACCUCAUCGGAGGAGACGGCGACGUCGGCACAGUCCGCGAAGUCCAAGUUGUCUCGGGCCUCCCCGCCGCGCGUAGUACCGAGCGUCUAGAGAUCCUCGACGAGGAGCGCCACGUCAUCAGCUUCAGCGUAGUUGGCGGUGACCACCGCCUCGCCAACUACAGGUCAGUAACCACCCUCCACUCGUCACCCGCAGGUAACGGCACCGUCGUGCUCGAGUCUUACGUGGUGGACAUCCCGCCUGGAAACACUAAGGAGGACACCUGCGACUUCGUGGACACAAUCGUUCGCUGCAACCUCCAUUCGCUGGCUCAGAUCGCCGAGAACUUGACCAGACGCAACAAGUCCUAGCUCGUCAUGAUGAUCAUGAAUAAUAUUUUUCAUAAAUACCAAAAUGUCUUCGGUCAUUUGCCGUCGUUUUUGUGAUUAUCUGUGAGUUAUAGCAUUAAUUAGUUGUCAUCUGUGUGCCAUAUAUAUAUAUUUUCUGUGUGUAAUACGAUAAGCAUCAAGAUCUAUAUGACAUCAACCUCCUCUUCUUCUUC